UUGCAACCCAUGUUUAAGCGAGCGAUCACAUACUUGAGCAGGAGCGACUCAGAUUUGGGAGAGCAAGUAGUUAGGUUUGGCAAGGAACAUGAGUUUGCAGACAUCAUAUGGUACCCUAGCCAGCACAAGGCUGUCUAUCAGAUGGAUGAUUGUGUCUCCACAAAUACCUCUGGCAAUGGCCUAUAUGACUUCAUUCCUUUUCGAGCCACACCUUCACUUGCUAUUGCAGAUAUCAGAGCCAAAGAGGAGAACCAAGAAUUUCAGAGUGAUGCUGAUGGGAAAUGCACUAGUGCAAAGUUGGUUACAUCUACUCUCAUUACAAGUGCUUAUGGUUUGACAAACAAUGAAACAGGUCUGUUUUUUACUGGCUAUCCUGUUAUUGGAUAUCAGCAUCGGCUUCAGUCAUCCGGGACUUGCUUAGAUAGUCUUGAGGAUUCAAGGAUCACAGCAUGCCCAUGGGACCCCAAAAUCAAGGGUGAGUUUUUUCAUCUAACAACAUUCAGCAUUAACUUGUCUCUGGCUAAGAACUUCAUUCAAGAUGUGCAAAAGCUAGUUGAGAUUGAACCAAAAGCGCUAUGUGGAGUAGAAAUCUACAACGGGAUCCUAAUGCGGUAUGUUACUACCUCAAGCGCUUACCUUGGCAAGCAAGAAGAUGCAGUCGACUUUGAUAUCACAUAUUAUCGUAGUAAAGACCCAAUGACACCUAGACUUUAUGAAGGAAUACUUGAAGAAAUAGAGCAACUUGCUCUUGUUAAGUAUAAAGCAUUGCCUCAUUGGGGAAAAAAUCGGAACAUAGCGUUUGAUGGAGUGAUGAACAAGUACAAGGGUUCUGAAGAGUUCUUGAGGGUCAAAGAUGUUUACGAUCCAAUGGGGCUCUUCUCUAGUGAAUGGACAGACCAAGUUCUUGGAAUUAAGGAUGGGGUGACAAUAGUUAAGGAAGGGUGUGCACUAGAAGGGUUGUGCAUCUGCUCAAAAGACAUUCAUUGUGCCCCAAGCAAAGGCUAUUUCUGUAGGCCUGGCAAAGUUUUUAACGAUGCUAGGAUUUGUACCCAUGUGACUACGAACCAAGCUAGUUAACUAGUUAAUGUCACGUCGUCAAUAAUGUAAUUUGAUUGGGAGGGUUUUGCUUGCAGUACCAGUUGUUUGCAAAAUUGCCUUCUGUUG